AGCCUGCUUUGUUUUUAGACAAAGUCUUUCUUAUGUGUCUUCUGACACAGUGCAGUUAUACACUAAAACAGGUUACCCAAAGAAUCUCCCUGUUGAAGAGAGUGAAACUUGAGGGUCAUAGAGCAGACCAAGAGAAGCCAGGACCAGAGCUCUUGUGAGAUACAGACCACAUGGAGGUUAUCAGGGCUCCGGGCAAGGAUGCUAAUAGACUAAAGAUGUCAGCUGUCAGAAUCCCCACCUUGAUCAGUGGUUCUUCACCAUUAAUCUCUGUCAGACCCUGAUGACAGCCUUGGACUUUCCUCUCUCCGAGAAAAUGUAAAGGCUCACACACCAAAAAGUAUUUUUUUAAGUAGCUUCAAGGCUCAUACUUUAAGGCCCAGCUUCACCUCUGUACUGGGCAGCGUAGUAAUUGAGGUCACAUUCUUGAUCAAAUGGCCUAGAUUUAAAUCCUCCUUUACUAGUUAGCUGUGUAACCUUGAGCAAGUUACUUGGUCUUGGGCCUCAAGUUCCCUCAUUUGUAAAAUGAGGAUAAUCAAAGCAUUUGUUUAGGGUUGUUAGAAUUAAGUAAGUUAAUGUAUGUGACAUUCCUAGCACAUACUCUAUGGUAGUGUUUAUAGUAGUAUUCACUAUUAAUAGUAGUACUGCUGUCCUUGGACCUUAGCCCAUUUAGUAAAUGUUUAUGGACAGAAUGAAUAAUUCUAGUUGAGAUGCCAACCCUGGGGCGUAGAGCAUUCCAAUCAGUGUGUCACAAACGGUCUAUAGUUUUGCCAAGAUAUUGAUCCACUCACCCCUCAGGGGUGCCAAAGUCCCAGUUGGUCGCUUCUGGCUUCAAGCAAUGACAUCUGGACAUCUGCAAUGUGAACCUCUGGCUUUAAGCAGCAGCAUCUGCAAUACAACAUAUGACUAUCUGUCUCUCUAGGUCCCCUGACACGAAAACUAUUUGGGUAGCACCAGUCGGGGAUAUCGGUUGAUUUGUGACCCAGAAGGAAAUCUCUGACCUCAGCUGUGGCUCUUGGUGCUGGCCAGAAGCCAACUUCAUGUCUGAGUGCACGAGCAGCAGUUUGUCAUGGAGAGCUUGGGGCUGCAGACGGUGACCCUUAGUGAUGGGACGACAGCCUACGUCCAGCAAGCUGUCAAAGGAGAGAAGCUUCUUGAAGGGCAGGUGAUCCAGCUUGAGGAUGGGACCACCGCAUACAUUCACCAGGUGACGGUACAGAAAGAAUCUCUCUCCUUUGAGGAUGGUCAGCCUGUGCAGCUGGAAGAUGGCAGCAUGGCUUACAUACACCGCACACCCAAAGAAGGCUAUGACCCCAGCGCCCUGGAAGCCGUCCAGCUGGAAGAUGGCUCCACUGCCUACAUUCACCACCCUGUGGCUGUGCCAUCAGACAGUACCAUCCUGGCUGUCCAGACAGAGGUGGGCUUGGAGGACCUGGCGGCAGAGGAUGAUGAGGGCUUCAGUGCAGACACAGUGGUGGCCCUGGAGCAGUAUGCCAGCAAGGUUCUUCAUGACAGCCAGCCUCCCCAUAAUGGAAAAGGGCAGCAAGUUGGAGACAGAGCAUUCCGCUGUGGCUACAAGGGCUGUGGGCGUCUCUAUACCACCGCUCAUCAUUUAAAGGUGCAUGAACGAGCUCAUACAGGUGACCGUCCAUACAGGUGUGACUUCCCCAGCUGUGGAAAGGCCUUUGCCACAGGCUAUGGACUGAAGAGCCACGUUCGUACCCACACUGGUGAGAAACCAUACAAAUGCCCAGAGGAGCUGUGCAGCAAGGCCUUCAAGACCUCAGGAGACCUGCAGAAGCAUGUCCGUACCCACACUGGUGAACGCCCGUUCCGGUGCCCUUUUGAGGGCUGUGGCCGCUCCUUCACCACGUCUAAUAUCCGCAAGGUACAUGUGCGCACCCACACAGGCGAGCGGCCCUACACCUGCCCGGAGCCCCACUGUGGCCGAGGCUUCACCAGUGCCACCAACUAUAAGAAUCACGUGCGCAUCCACACAGGGGAGAAGCCAUACGUUUGCACGGUGCCAGGCUGCGGGAAACGCUUCACCGAGUACUCAAGCUUGUAUAAGCACCACGUGGUGCACACACACUGCAAGCCCUACACCUGCAGCACCUGCGGCAAGACCUACCGGCAGACCUCUACCUUGGCCAUGCAUAAGCGCAGCGCCCAUGGUGAGCUGGAGGCCACGGAGGAGAGCGAGCAGGCCCUCUAUGAGCAGCAGCAGCUUGAAGCCGCCUCUGCAGCCGAGGAGAGCCCACCACCCAAACGACCCCGCAUAGCUUACCUUUCGGAGGUGAAAGAAGAGAGUGAUGACAUCCCAGCCCAAGUGGCCAUGGUGACCGAAGAAGAUGGGGCCCCCCAGGUGGCCCUGAUCACUCAGGAUGGUGCCCAGCAGGUCAGCCUAUCCCCGGAAGACCUGCAGGCCCUGGGGAGUGCCAUCAGUAUGGUCACCCAGCACAGCAGCACCACCCUCACCAUCCCCAGUCAUGAUGCCGACCUGGCCACAUCUGGCACACAUACGGUCACCAUGGUCAGCGCCGAUGGCACCCAGACGCAGCCCGUCACAAUCAUUACCUCUGGGGCUGUGGUGGCUGAGGACUCAAAUGUAGCAUCUCUUCGUCAUCAACAGGUGGCACUGUUGGCCACAGCCAAUGGAACGCACAUUGCAGUGCAGCUGGAGGAACAGCAGACCUUAGAGGAGGCCAUCAGCGUGGCCACCGCAGCUAUGCAGCAAGGGGCCGUGACCCUGGAGACAACAGUGUCGGAGAGUGGCUGCUGAGUCCAAGAGGGCUGGGUCCCACACCAUGUUGGAGGAGGUGCAAUGCUGCAUGGCCAAUAUUGCCUCCAAGGGCCCAGGCUGUGGCUAACACAUGGAAGGUGGCCACAUAGGUCUCUGGGGUGAGAAGACAGCAAGAAAACGGCCUAACUGAAGGGAAUGGGGGCCCUGCCCAAGAGUGGGGACAGGCAGCUGGAAUCAGGGGAGUGCGUCAUCCUCGGGAGCUGAGAACAAGCCUCAUUGCCAGGCUACACCAGGACACCCUUCUCUCAAAAUCAGCUGGGUGCCUGCUCUCCUCCUCCUAAAGAACACCCUUCUGGCCCUCAGUCUGCUCCCCUUCUCAGGUAGAGAUUGGGGCUGCUGUGGGGACUGGCCCUCUAGGGGAGAGCCACAGACAGCUCUUCAGCCCAGUAGCAGCGGAGCAGGCCCUGGCCUUCCCUCCCAGCAAUAACCACCUCCCUGGAGGCCAGUUGAGAUGCCUGCCUAGUUGGCAUCAGGGACUUCCUGCCACCACAGUCAAUUAAUUCCUCAGGGGCCUGUGGCUGGAGAAAAGGUGCCCAGCCCCCACCACUCCCCAGCUGCUUCCCAAACCUCUCUAUGGCAGAGAUUCAGGGAGUGGCCCUGUAUAUAGACUGCUGGGGAUUGGGUUUGAUUUGUUUUUUGUUUUGUUUUUUUAAAUUCCAUUUUGAUAAUUUUUUUUCCCGCUCUGGGUGGUGGCGGCACAUGGAUGAAUGAGUAUUUAAUAAAAGUUUCAAAUUUCCA